AUGGCUUGGGUGGUCACUCCAGGGCUUGGCUGCGCAGAAGUGGGGUUACAGAGAUGCAAAGGAUGUUGCUGGGCCGUGUUUCCAACGCGGCAGAAACAGUGGUGUCUCCCACCAACGGUGAAUGAAGGGUGGUCUAGUUGCUCAUCAACUUCCCCAGCACUUAGUGUUAUCAGACCUUCUCACCCCUUCUGGUGGCAGGCAGUGGUAUCUUACUGUGCUUCCCCCGCUCCCCAGGACCACUAAUCACAUUUUGUUCCUGUGGCACGUCCCCACACUCGGCCUGGCUGAAGGGUGCCUUCAGCUCUGCCUCGUCUUGUCUUUUUCUCUCUCAGGUGGUUUUUUCCCAUCAUUGGCCACAUGGGCAUCUGCACGUCCACGGGAGUCAUUCGGGACUUUGCAGGCCCCUACUUUGUCUCGGACAGGCCGGGAGGGCAGUGUGGCCAGAAGGAUUCUUAAGUAACUGAGCCAGCCCUUUGCUCCCACCCUGGGAUACUGACACAUGGGUAGGGGUUAGAGGCAAGAGUGGAAAGUCAGAGCAUCCAGGAACUACACCCCUGGACUUCAGAAGGUGGGAGUCACAAGGAAGACAACAUGGCCUUUGGGAAGCCUGCCAAGUACUGGAAGCUGGACCCUGCGCGGGUGUACGCCAGUGGACCCAAUGCCUGGGACACCGCCGUGCAUGACGCCUCCGAGGAGUACAAGCACCGCAUGCACAACCUCUGCUGUGACAACUGCCACUCCCACGUGGCUUUGGCCCUGAACCUGAUGCGCUACAACAACACCAGCUGGAACAUGGUGACGCUCUGCUUCUUCUGCCUGCUCUACGGGAAGUACGUCAGUGCCGGUGCCUUUGUGAAGACCUGGCUGCCCUUCGGCCUCCUCCUGGGCAUCAUCCUCACCGUCAGCCUAGUCCUCCACCUGCGGUGAUGGCGCCCCUGAAGCCGAAGCCCCAGCCCUGUGCUUCGGGACCCUUCCUCCUCGCCUGUGAAAGCCAGAUGGGCCUGUUGGUUUGGGCCCGGGGCUCUGGGCUAGGUGGGGUGGGCGGGGGCUGGGAAGAGCAUGGAGUGGGGAUGUUUGCUUGUUGAGUCUCCCCUUCCUCCGGGGCCUCUGACCCCUGCCCUUGAGGUAGCCCCAUUGUUCCUCUGUUGGGAGGGCUUUAGCUUCCUGUUGGUGGAGCUGUUGCCCGGCUGGGCUCCUCCUGCCUCAGCCCUUCUGGCACGUCAGGUGUCUGUCUUGGGUCUAGUGCCAUGGGAUGAGGGAGGGUCAUUGGACCCACCAGACGAAUGAGGCAGUGGUGGCAGGCCCAGGAGAUGGGCAGCCUGAGCAGCCUCCAAG